CGCUCCCCUGCGGCCAUGCCGCGCCCCCGGCCCUCCGCAGCGGAACUACAACUCCCGGCACACCUCGCGGCGGGGUGGGGCGCGGACUCCCACGUGGUGCGCAGAGCUGCGCGGCGAUUGGCCGGAACCGGGAGGGGGGCGGUUCCGCGGGGAGCAGUUCCGGUGCCCCGCGCUCGGCACUUGUUUGGAUGCUGCCGUCACAUCAUGGCGACGCGCGGGGGCGGCGGCGCGGCGGGAGCGACCCGGCGGACCCGGAGCCCGAGCGGCGGCGGUGGGGACGAGGCGGCGGCGGCCCCAAGCGGCAGCCCCGAGGUGGUUGGUGCUACCAUGGAAGAAGCUGGAUCUCAGGAGAUGGGAAUGAAUAACCAGGAUCAGCUGGUGAAGAGCAAAUGCAGUGAAUUGUCUGAUACAGCACUGCAGCACACGCAGUCCAACUGUUAUGGCCUGGAAAACACAGGCACAUUGGAAGAGGCUGAGUAUAUCACAAAGAACAGAAAGCACCUGGGAUCCACAUGCUGCUCCCAAGAGUCUCGUGAGGAGACUCCUGGGAGAGAAGAAGCCCGUACUGAUCCACCUGAUGGCCAACAAGAUCCAGAGAGUGAAAAACACAAAGAGAAAACUUUGGGAAAAGAAGUGUUAUUAUUAAUGCAAGCCUUGAAUACACUUUCUACUCCAGAGGAAAAGCUGGCAGCUUUGUGCAAGAAGUAUGCUGAUUUGUUGGAGGAGAGCCGGAAUGUUCAAAAGCAAAUGAAGAUACUGCAGAAGAAGCAAGCACAAGUUGUGAAGGAGAAGGUCCACUUGCAGAGUGAGCAUAGCAAGGCCAUUUUGGCACGUAGCAAACUGGAAUCUCUCUGUCGGGAGCUUCAGCGUCAUAACAAAACUUUGAAGGAAGAAAACAUGCAGCAAGCACGUGAAGAAGAAGAAAGACGGAAAGAAGCAACUGCACACUUCCAGAUUACGCUGAAUGAAAUUCAGGCUCAAUUGGAACAGCAUGAUAUACACAAUGCCAAACUCCGACAGGAAAAUAUCGAACUGGGGGAAAAACUGAAGAAACUCAUUGAACAGUAUGCACUGCGAGAAGAGCAUAUUGAUCAAGUGUUCAAACAUAAGGAACUGCAGCAGCAACUUGUGGAUGCCAAACUUCAGCAAACUACUCAACUUAUUAAGGAAGCAGAGGAAAAACAUCAGCGCGAACGGGAGUUUCUGCUAAAAGAAGCUACAGAGUCCAGACACAAAUGUGAACAGAUGAAGCAACAGGAAGCCCAGCUGAAGCAACAGCUUUCUCUUUAUAUGGAUAAGUUUGAAGAAUUCCAGACCACCAUGGCAAAAAGUAAUGAGCUCUUUACAACUUUCAGGCAAGAAAUGGAGAAGAUGACAAAGAAGAUUAAGAAACUGGAAAAGGAAACCAUUGUGUGGCGUACAAAAUGGGAAAACAACAACAAGGCUCUUCUGCAAAUGGCUGAAGAGAAAACAGUAAGAGAUAAAGAAUACAAAGGCUUUCAAAUAAAACUGGAGCGUUUGGAGAAGCUAUGCAGGGCCCUUCAGACGGAAAGGAACGAGCUGAAUGAGAAGGUGGAGGUGCUCAAGGAGCAGGUGUCUCUUAGAGAAGCAGAUGUGGAUCUAGCUGUGCAGGUGUUGCAGUCCUGCACACUCAACUCCCACGAGGAGCUGGGAACUCCCAUUGACACGGAACCAGGAAUCCAACCUGAUGUGGAAUCACGUGCGGCAAAUAGCUCCGAAAAGACUGUCUCAACAAGUCCUGUUCCUGGCACUGAAUCUGUAGACUAAAAUGAAGUGUAAACACUGUAUUGAGAGAUAUAUUUUGUGUAUAACUUUCUCUGUUGGUGGUAACUAUUUGGUUUUGUGGUGAAAAUUUUCUUACUUUUUCUACCAUAUCUGUAUUUUCUUAGAACUACUGGACUUAUGUGGUACAGGAAGCUGCAUAGCAGCUUCGAAUAGCUUAAACUAUAAAUUUUCCACAACUGUGUUGCACAUCUGCCUCAUUUUUUAAAAGAAAAUAUUUUUCCAUAAAAGGAUGCAUGUGCGUUUCCUCCCCACAACACAAAUCACUGUCAUGAAAGACUGUGUACAGAUAUAACAUCGUUUGGGGAAAAUGGUGACAGCAGGUCACUUUUUUGUUUUAAAGAACAGCACUCUGGUUUUGUUCAUUGACUUUGCCACUCAGUAUACUAAAGAUUACCAAUUUUUCCAGUAAAUUUAUCUACAUAAGGAUGUCUAAUGGCCAGUAAAAAAUGUCAACUUUUCCCCCUAGUAUGUUUUCAUAUAUAUGAAUGAGAAAGUAAAGGUCCAGAAUAUAGUAAAAGAUAUGUGUAAAGGGUUUUAUGUCCUUUGUGGUAUGAAAAACACAGCUUUGAAAUCCAUUAAUUUGCAGCUGGUGAAACAGGGUGUACAGCUUGUUGCAGACGUCUCAGGGUUGUGUCAUAAAGGUUAGUUUGGACUGUUUACCCUACCUGUGAAAAUGUUAAAUAUAAAUGUGUGAGAAAAUGUACAGCGACAUUACUGAGUGGGAUUUUGCAGUUGCGGAGCCUGUUGCACAGAUGUUGGUCACAUCCUUCCCUCUUAGCUGUAGUGUGUCCACCACAUGGUUUUCCUGACUAGGAAAAUCCAUUACUGUCUAAGCAAAUAUCUGGAUUAUCUGGAGGGCUGGAAAGUAGGAACUCACUGCUGCAGGUGUGGAAGACAGGAGUCUGGCAAAUAGGCUUUCUCUAAUAGCUGGAUUGUGACAAAUAUGUCGCAAAAAGUGUUAGUUAAACGUAUUCUUGUUAUAAUUGAACAUGAAAAUUCACGUACUUUUCUUGAAGUACAGUGUGGAACUUCCUGCACAUUCAACCCCAAAGCUGUACCAGUUGGCAGAGUGCCUUCCCAGUCAGGUUAUCUGGUAAAGAUGGUACUUCACAUUCUUACACUAACAUACCACAAGCAAAGCUUCCUUGUUAACCUUAAACCAUAUUGUAUUUUCCUAGAAAAUUUGAUACUGUCACUAUGACUUCUUCUGAAAGAAACUAGGACCAACACUUAUUUUUUUGGCAAGGCAACGUGUGAUAUAACUACAAGCUACCCUUAACUUUAGUUCCCACGUAUUUACUUUAUAGUUUUGGUUGCUGUCAUUUUAAGAAAUACGAACAUGUAUAGCCUUUUCUGGUACUUAAAGUUCUUUGCACUUACUUGGGAGGGAAUUUCUGAAUCAAGCACAUCUCAACAAACUUCCCACCCCAAUGACAGUUCAGUGGCUAAAUUACUUGAAUGUUCAGGCUGCACUGAGCUCCUGAUUCUUUUCCUAUAGUAAUGUAAGUUGAAAUAACGUAGCUGUCUUUGAGAGAAGGUAAGGUUAUAAAUGUGUUUUAGCUCAUACCACUAAGAGGAACUGUGCAAAACUGACAUUUUUGAAAUGAAGCAAAUGAGAAGCUGACCGUCUUUCUCCUAGAUUUGUGUGGGUUUGGUGUUUGUGAUCCAAGCACAAUGCAGGAAUGAAAAGAAGGUAGCAGUGAGCAGUCAGUCAGGUUAGACUCAGAGCUCUGAAAUGUUGAUCAUGCUAACCAUAUGGCAUAAAAAAUAACUGGAAAGAAGUGUUUCAGACUUGCUGUCCAAAUUACGUGCUUUAUAGAAUCAAGCUUGAAAAAAUAGUUUUUCUGAGAACUGGCUUUCAGCUUAACACUAAGCAUGAAGUAAUUUUCCCGAGGAAAGGUGAAAAACUUUGUAUUUGAUGCAUCAUACCGUUGGCAAGGUAGGACGUGCAGUUUUCUAUUUUUACAAUUUAUUAUUUGGACAUUUAUAUCCUGAACAAUUCUUUUUAUAGUGCUUGUUCUAUAUGGAGGCAAGAAUGAAUUUUUGGUCCCUGCUGCAAGAAUAUUUUAAAGGGCUCAUUUAGAGAAGUGACAGAUGUAUAGAACAGCAAUACAAAUAUAUUUGUUACUGACUAAACAUGUAAAUGAAGCAGAACGCCCCAAGGAAAAAUCUUUUAGAACAGGGAUCUGUUUCGUCUUUCCUACCCUCAACAUACUCAUACCAUAGCAACUUAUCUGGCCAAGGCAAGCUGUACUUUGCUUCCUGAAACCAGUCAGUAGAGUUUCAUUGCUUAAAAAGUGUUCUUUUUAAAAAAAAAUUGAUGUAAGGGAUAAGCUUAGCACUGUCACUGAUCUGCCAUACUGCAGGCUAUUGCACUGCCAGGCUGCAGCCAAAUGGGCUCCAGUAGGGUUUUUAAGUAAACUUGUGUUACUGCCUUUCUCCCACUACUACAGAUUGUUUCACUUGGGAUGUAAACUGAUGUAGCCUGAGAUGAGUGUAUCUAAUUGUCAAAACUCUGGGGCCUGAUUGACAAGUUUCACCACGAUUAAGAUGCAAAAAGCUAAAUUGUAUGCGAUUCAAGACCCAAAUAUGUGUAUACCUACACAAGUAAGUUAGGGCUGUAUCUUUAAUGUUUUGUCCUUCCUUUCAUUACACCUGGUUACGUUACAGUUCAAUUCUCAGGUGUUGCAGAAAAUCUACCUCUUUGGACUGUAGAUGGAAAUAACUGUGAAAAAAGUGAUGCAGAAAUCUAGUUUGUGCUAAACACACUGCUUUAUUUUUACAACCCAUGUCUGCUUUCAUGAGGAAAAAUGAUAAAUGAACAGGCAGUCUUUGUUUUGCUUUUCAAAAACAUUUUGUAGAGAUUUUUCACUAAUGUGAAUCUGAAAUUUUAUCUACUCGAUUCUGUAUAGAUUAAGUAAAUAAGUAUGCUUAAUAUACUGGACUCUGAGUUUUUCUUUAACAUUAUAUUCAUGUCUUCAAACUGAAUCUACUGAAACUGUAUUUAUUUUAAAAACCAAGCGUGAAAAUUGAAGAUGUGAAAUUCGAAUUCAAGCGUAUUGUUCAAGUGAGCUGCCCUGCGAAGGGGCUGUUCUGGGGUCGUGUCAGUGACUUGCACAUUCCUGGCAGUAGUUCCUGGCACUGCACGGGUUGAGGAGUAGGUGAGUCCUGUGCUCACCUCACCUUGGCAGUGUCCUAAGGUGAGGGUCAGUCAGACCACAGAGGGCAGGAGCUCUGGCUGGAUCUGAUGCACUUGCCUGCUUUGAAUUCUGCUCGGGCCUUCUGUCUCCCAGAAUUUAUCUAUCAUAGUUCAAUUGGUGCAGUGUGAAAAAUAUGGGAGUUUAUGUUAAAAAUCAGUUUUUUCAGUAAGUUCAUCAAGUGCUCCCCAUUCUGUCAUACUAUGUGGGGUCAUUUGUUACUAAUGUGCGCUCCCUCACAGUUUCCUAAUACUAAAAAGUGUUCUAUUUGCCUUUUUUGGCAUAAUCCCUAAUGUUUACAACUUCCCUAAACUUGGUUUUUUUUGGAACUGGUUUUGAGUUCAGUUUUCCUUUGUGUCUGUUUUUUCUAGGUAGCAUUUAGAACUGCUCUACAAAAACAUACUCUGAUGUCUCUCUGACUCUUUGAAGAUAGUAUUAAUUUUUUAAUUGAAAAAAACUUGUUAACUUGUUUGAAGAUAACUGUUGUGUUAAAGGUGAGCAACGUAGGUCCUAGCCCUGAGACAUUUGUAGAGCUGUGCCAAGUAUUUUGGAAAUCCAAGUACACUGCCUGGUCUUAGAUGCUCUACUUGUACUUCAGAGUAUUCCCUCACAUCAGAGACUUGCCUCCUCAAAAGAUGCUGUUUCUGCUCCUGUGUAAGCACCUCUUUUUCUCUCCUUUCUUUCAGUGUAUGCUGAUACUGGAGUUAAAUCUCUUAUUACUUCCUUGGAUCUCCCCAGUCUUCCUAAGUUCCUUAUGAAAACUGGUCGUAUUUGCAAGCUUUUGCUAGAGGGAAAUUUGUUUGCAGUUAAUAGCAUGGGAUUUUGGCUUUUUCCUUUUUCAUCAGGUGCUAAGUCUCUCCUGUUAAUGCACAUGCACACACACGUUGAGCUGUACUUCUCUUGUGUAGAUUAGGUCUGAGGGGAGAACCUCUUUCACCAGCUGCAUUCUGAGCCCUCCAGCCUAGCUGCCAGGGCAUCUGCUCCCUGGCAGACAGACACAUGUUUGAUGUACUCAAAGAUACUUGCUUUUAGGCCUUUAGAAAGUUAUUCCUCACAGGUACUUUUUGUGUCUUUCUGGUUUUGUUUUGUUUGUUUUUUAUGUUUUACAUUUAAAUUUUGAUAAUUCACCUUCUUCCUCCUGUUUAGACAUUUCUUCUUGAAGGAAGGUUGUAUUUCCUUCUAACAGCCUAACUCAGUCCCAUCUAACUGUGCUAGCUUUUAUGGAUCUUGUUGACUCUGGCACCCAUCUAGCCUGAACUUUUAAGUAAUUUAAGAAUAUUGUGCUGCCUGUGAAGACUUUAUUUUAAUUUCCUUUAAAACUGUUCAUUAUCUUUAAUUUUGAGGUCGCAUAUUGUUUUGGAUUUCUUGUUCAAACAGGGAUCUGGGGUGUGCCUGUCUCAUGGACUGUGACAGUUGAAGCAGGCCUUUGUGUGAUUCCAGACUGUGCCAAGAAUGCUGCUCCUACAGCUCUGCUUCAAGAAAGUAACCUCUUAGAGCCUCUAUUUAAAUACCCUCUCAAUUUAAAUAACCUGUUAUAUCUUGUGAUAUUUGUUCAAGCUGAGGAGAUGAAUUUUAAGUCACUCAUUUUUAAACUUUAUUUAACUACAUGCAUGUGACAGAUACUCCAUACUGGUGUAGUUCACUGUCACUUCCACUGAAUUUAUGGCCUGGUGUUAAGGGUCAAAAUAGCUACCUCAGUUCUGCCAAGUCCAAGGUACUAUAUUGGUAUUUAACCCUUGUAAUAUGCUGGAGUUGUUUGGUUGGUUUCCCAACAUACACACUUAUAUUCAUAUAAAAACAUUUGAUUUUGGUCAUGUCUGUUUCAUAAAUCCUGCUCAUCAGAGCUUUUAUUGGCUUUGAUUGCACAUCUGCUGUUCCCUGCCAGCUGGUUACUGACUCUUCUAACCCUUUUCUCCAGGAUAUGGAUUUUGUGCACAGUUGAUGUUUUAAAGGAAAGAUACAAAAGGGGAUGAAUAGUUGAACAGUAUAGUUGAAUAGUAUACAUGUUUGACUAUCUGGGUUGGAAAUUCACAGGACAGAAGCUGAUGUUGGGAGAAUUAUGAAGGAUCUACCACACUGGACUUUCCAGUGGCCGAGAAGCAACAGGUGAAACUGGGUGUUGACUUAAAUACUUGUUCCCUAUAGAGAGUUUACACAGCUUUGUUCAGCUGUUUCAGUACUGAAAUGAAAAGGCAUCGUGUGCACAUGGAUAAUAAUAAUAAAGUAUAGUAUGGGUACAGGAUAAGCCACGUAGAAAAAAUUGCAACCGUUAAUGCUCUCAAGAGUCUUGCACGCUACAAAAGCAAAUGCAGUUCUUCAUACACAGUAAAGGAAAAACACUGGAAUGCUUUUUGUCACAAUGAAGCAAAAUGCAGGAAUGUUCUUAGAAUGGGAACAAAAAUUUGUGAUGCACACUAGUAAUGGCCUUUGGCUUUAUUAGCAAUAAAAGACCAGUCUGUCACAGUGCGAGAGUGCUGCUCUCCAGAAGUACAGCCAUGGUCUGAUGGGAGAGCAUGGCUGAAGAUUUUUAUCAUUCAACUUCCAGAAAAACACAUCUGUUGAAAUAAAAUAUCAGGUUUAAAAUGCAGUUUAUGGUUUCACUGUCAUUCAUAUUGUAUUUCAAUACAAAGAUGAAAGAAUUUAGAUUUCCUUGGUGCAGGCUGAAAAUCUUGGAGAGAAAAAAUACCUUUUAUGCUGAAAAAUUGCAUCUAAUACAUAGGUGUUGAGAAAUCACCCUAAAUUGGCAGGGUUUUUCAAUUUAAAUUACCUUCUGUAGUUUUUUGUUAUAACCAUUGUUCUGGCAAGAGCCAAAACAAAAAGGGAGGUCCCAAAACUCCUGUACACAGUUCCCUCGAAAAGAAAGGCCAGUGGAUUAAAAGCCUGAUGCUGUUUCCUCUCCCCAGCACGUACUAACGUGCAGGAAUAAUGCAUUGAACUAAGUAUGCUCCAUAAGUACUAUGUAAGCACACCUAAAGUAACUGUUGACUAAUCCUAUAAAUAAAUAUCUUGCUGGA